ACAUCAAAUUUUGAGCGAGCAUGGGCACACAGCAAAACAGCGACACAGUUUCAUUUAUAUUCUCCAAGAAAGAUAAAUAUCUCGUCAUUGAAUAUUCAGUGACCCGGACCGACCGCAGCAGCCUGGCUUGUCAAAAAGAGCACAAGGAAAGUUUAAAGAAGCGUAAAAGGAGAUGGACAAAGAAACCAAAAGUAAAGACCAAAGGGUCUAAACUGCUUAUUAAAUGUGGGUUCAAAUUCCAAGUGGAACCUACAAGACCGUCCACGGUUCAGACAUUGAAGGAAGAAGACGCGGAGAUUCUAAGGCAGUAUUUCUUCCAGCUCGAUUCUAAGGUUGAUGAAACUCAUGAUUUGGAAUGGCCAUGGGAACUCUGUUUGGAGGACGCAUACGAUUGGGACGAGUGGAUGACGAAUAUAAGCCCGAUAGCCAUGGCGAAAGCCUCAAAGCAAGAGAGGCCCACAGUGUGA